UUAAUGAAGAAAAUACUCAAAAAAAUUCAUCAAAAAAUUCCACCAAAAUAUUUAAAAGAGUAGGGUCCGUAUUAUAUAUUUAAAAGAGUAUAGUCCUAUUUAAAACAUUUCAGAGUAGGGUCCGUAUUAUAUAUUUUCUCUACUUUGAAGUCAAGAGAGUUUUACGAAUACAUCAUAUCCAAGAACAUGGCUUCCAAAUCGAUAUUGGUCUUCUUAAUAAUCAUCACCUUCUUCAUACUUCGGAUCAAAGGGCAAAGCUCGAGAAGCUCACAAGCAUGGAUAAGAGCUGGUUACUGGGAGUCUCUGGGUCCCCUCCCUGUCCACGAGAUAAACUCCCCUCUCUUCACUCAUCUCUUCUACGGUUUCGCUUUCGUGAACCCAACCACCUACCAACUCUUCUUCAACUCCUCAAACAAGCAAUCCUUCACCGACUUCACCGCCACCGUAAGGCGCAGAAACCCAUCCAUCAUCACCAUUCUCUCCGUCUGGUUCGCAAGAAACGAAGCCAAAGACUUUUGGUCAAUGGUCAAAGACCCAUCACACAGAAAAUCCUUCAUACAGUCUUCUGUAAAAACCGCCCGGCUUUACGGCUUCCACGGCCUCGACCUCCUCGGGGUCAUGCCCCCCGCGGCGGAUAACGGCAGCAGCGCCGCCGACAUGGCGGCUUUCAUGGACGAGUGGCGGGCCGAGGUAGUCUCGGAGGCCGCCGGGAAAGAACAGCUGUUGCUGACCAUGCUGGCUCACCACAAGCCGGCGGUCAACGAUUCAUCCGGGAGUUACCCCGUUGACUCCAUGAAGAGAAGCCUGGAUUGGAUAAGCAUCCAAGCGUUUGACUAUUACGUGCCGACAGUUGACCGGUUGACUGGCUUCCAUGCAGCUCUAUAUGCCCCUAAUAAUAAGGGCAGUCGUCCUAAUUCAUCAUUAAGAAUGGCUAACACCGAUAAUGGUUUGAGGGCAUGGCUUUCGGUAGGGUAUAGUCCUGGGAAAAUAGUGUUGGGGUUGCCCUACCAUGGGUAUAUAUGGACCCUUGACUCUAAUGAUAGUGAUAUCGGUUCACCGGCUUGGGGGUUGUCUUCGGCCGCUGAUAGUUCGAUGGGCUAUAAAUCCAUUCUCUCCUUCGUUCAGAAUUACGGGUAUGGGGCUAAACCGGUGUAUAAUUCGAGUUAUGUGGCCAACUCUUUCACACUGGGGGACACGUGGAUCAACUUUGAUGACGUGGAUGCCGUUCAAACUAAGGUGUCCUAUGCCAAGUCUAAGGGUCUCCUUGGUUAUAACGCGUUUCAAAUCGCCAACGAUAAUAAUUGGGCUCUUUCUCAAGCCGCAGCUGAUAUGAGCGACACCAAGCGGCAGAGGAAGAAGAAACGGAAGUUAUGGGUCAUUGCUCCGGUUAUACUUGCUGCAGUUAUUCUCAUGUGGACUAUCUUUUGUUACGUCCAAAGGGAAAUAUUUGAACCCCAAGGACAUUUGAGAAAAGUAAGAUCUUGGAUAACAAGAGCAAAAAUCUCGCACGUAGGGGGAUUGAAUUCUUCUUCUCCUCCUAAUCUGCAAAUUUUCAGGUUUAGUAGCAUCAAAGCUGCCACAAAAAACUUUGCAAGUGAAAACAUGAUUGGCCACGGUGGAUAUGGACCUGUCUACAAGUUGGCUGAGGAGCUCAAUCUUACCGUUUGCUUGAUCUACUUGCAUUGUUCCACUUGAUUGUAGGAGAGCAUGGCUUGCUCUUGUCUUCUUGUGACACAGACUGAAUCCUCACACAACUUGUUUCCUCAUCUCAAGGAAAAGAUAAAGAUUGAUAUAUCUUUUAUUUCUUUUGCUCAUAGAUAUUUAGUAUAAAAGCUGAGUGUUUGUUCAAUGAUUCCUUAUAAUAAAAUUACUUGCUUUUUGUAAAAUAAGUUUACAAGAAAUUUUUAUAAUGUGGUAAUUUUUAUUAUUAUAAAAUUGUCUUUUGUGAAUUUGUUAUUUUGACUGCAAGUUGAUCUUCUGUUUAAUUGAUUUUGUGCUAAGAGAAGAGAAAGUCAAUUUCGGUUGCCUUGCCUAGGAAACUGAGGUAGGAGCCAGCUGAAGUUUUUUCAGUAGGCUACACCUUAUGUUUUUCAGAUGACUGUCAAAUCCUUCAAAUGGUUUCAGUGAACUCUUUUUGUACCUGUUGGGUUAAUGGCCCAAGUCAGGGUCCGGCCCAUUCACCCUUUUUACCAGACGUACGUCCAGUUAGAGCACCAGGCUAGCCUAGCAGACCCAUGUUCCUCCAGGAGGGACGAACGUCUGCAGUCGGGGGUUUAGGCUCAACGGCCCAUCUCGACGAACGGCUAUGCAGGGACAAGAAGCAGGACCACGGGUCACCCGGAAUGACGACGAACGUCGUCAGAGCAAGCCCAUAGUCAUCGGAGGCAGCGCAGCCCGCAUGGCGAGAAUCCACAAAGGCCAGGGGACGAACGGCCAGUACCCCUGGGGGGCCAUCUGGGGCAAUCCAGCUCGCUCCCCAGGCGGACGAACGUCCCCACUAAUCAGGCGGGAAACUUAGAUUCUGGCGGGAAGUGCAUUUAAUGCUGAAGAUUUGGUGGUUGGGACACCAGCGAACCACAGGCUUCCACGUCAGUGCAACCACCUGCCCAUUGGCGGGUAUAAAUAGAAGCAUUUAUUUCAUUGUAAAGGGUUGGCAACUUUCUACUCUCAGCAUUCUAGCUAUAGUAUUCUUACUCGCAGCACUUCCACUGCCUUGUAAGACGAACGGCCGACGGAGCCUUAGCGAAAAGUAUUGUAUUAGGGAGUUAUUAAGAGAUAAUAAUACCUAAUCACUUACUUGCUACCUUAUUGUUCUCCUUGAUCUUUAUUACUUGCUAGUUGGGCUAGAUACUCAUACACACUCCACUCGAAAUCCUUGGGCUUACGUGUUGGACCCGAGGGUUGAAGGAAUAAACCUCAACAGUACCUUUUCUUUUUUAUUCUUUUCUUUCUGUUUUUGGUACGUUUCUUCUCUUUUCAGUACUCUUUGUUUUUCUUGAGUACUUUAUCACCAAUAAUAGGAGCACAUUACAAUUAACAUUGUAGAACAAAUACUAGAAAAUCUAGUCUAACACAGGGGUAAUAAAAAGGGGUGACAUCAUCAAAACAACAUACAUAUUAAUCAUCAAAAUCUAGGGGACCUAACAUAUUCCAUCACUGAUAAACCCUUUGUGUUAUAACUAAGUAGGCAUAUAUCACCCUAAAGAAAGAAAUUUAAAAUUUUUUAAAAAUACUUUGUCAUAUUGUCAGGAUUAAACAUGCAAGUAUAUAUCAAGAUCUCUAAAUUGCACAAAAUACUAAUCAUUUUUUACUCGAGGGGGUUCAGGGUUAAGGAGAGUUUGGGAUAAAUAGGGCAGAAACUCCCUCCAUGGAGUUUUGAACCCUUGACUCAUGAAAUCGAACACUAAUUUCAUGGUAAGUUACGAAAGGGGGAGGAAAUAGCAGUGAAGAGACUCUCAAAGACCUCAAGUCAAGGGCUUGAAGAGUUCGAGAACGAGGUCACUCUUACUUCUAGCCUUCAACAUGUGAAUCUACUUCGAGUUAUUGGAAUUUGCACCGAGAGAGAGGAAAAAAUGCUCAUUUAUGAGUUCAUGCCUAACAAAAGUCUUGAUUUCUACCUCUACGCUGAUCAAGCAAAGAAGGAUUUGUUAGAUUGGAGAAAACGUGUUUCAAUAAUUGAAGGUCUCGUGCAAGGGCUUCUAUAUCUCCACGAGUACUCAAAUUUCACUAUAAUUCAUCGCGAUAUUAAGGCAAGCAACAUUUUACUAGAUGAGGACAUGAACCCUAAAAUUUCUGAUUUUGGCAUGGCCAAAUCUUUCAAAAAGGAUGGUCUUGAAGCCUACACCGCCAGAAUUGUUGGAACUUAUGGCUAUGUUCCUCCUGAAUAUGUGAAGAACGGAACAUACUCUUUGAAGUAUGACGUUUAUAGUUUUGGAGUUGUGCUUCUCCAAAUCAUAAGUGGGAAGAGGACUUCUUGCUUUUAUGGGUGCAAUGAAUUGAAUCUUCUUGAAUAUGCGUACGAACUGUGGAAGCAAGGGGAAGAGGCAAAAUUUUUCGAUGCAUCGUUGGAUGAUUCGUGUUCGCAAUGUAAGUUGUUCAGAUGUAUGCAAGUGGGACUGCUGUGUGUGCAGGAAGAUGCAGGAGAUAGGCCAUCAAUGGUGGAAGUUUUUGCACUUCUAAAGAAUGAGAAUGGUGUUGCAAUAUCUACUAUACCCAAGAAGCCCGCCUUUUCAGUAACUUCAAGAGAUGAAAGAAGCCAAGAUGAUGAUAAUGGCAUUAAUAAUGAGAAAAUAUUUUCAGUCAAUCUUACUACCAUAACACAACUUGUACCUCGCUAAAUUAGGGACACUUAAAUAGUUCAAUUCAUGUAUUGAUUCGGAUAUAGAGUUUUGAAAGAGCAUUGAAAUUAUAUAGUUUUGUAACAAAUGUGACGAUUGGAGGUUGAGGCUAUACUUUUACUGCUUUGGCCAGCUUCUUUCAUUCUUUGAAAGUGUAAAUUUAAGUGACUUUAUCCAUAUUGUGGGGUAAAUAAAUUA